ACAAGAUGGCCGCCAGAUGAACCGUGCGCAGCUCGGCGCAGUUAAGGUUAUCCACCAUUGUUGGUCGGCUGGCCGCCUUGCUAACGUUUCCGUGCCUCUCGUUGUUGCUGCGUGUGAUUAUCAAAGCCACGGACUGCCUUACGAAACUUGUAACAAACGAACCUCGUCACUUGCGAUGCUCGCGUAGUGCUGCACGCCGUCGCAUUCCCGUUUUCUAAGUUGUGUGCGUUUAGUGAAGUAGGUAGGCCUGUGCCUUGCGUCGUGGAAAGCUACGCCGAGCGGUGCGCCCCGCCGCAAAUGCGUUACGUCCGUUGCGAAACUCACGGCCAUCGCUGGCGCCUAACAUAAUAAUCGCGAGCGCAACCACCGUCGGGUAGCUGCUGCCGCCUUCGUCGCCGAAAUGGCUGUGCUGAAAGUGUACAAGGACGUCAUUGAGGAUGUGCUCUCUGCCGCACGGGAGAUGUUCCUCGAAGACGGCGUUGAUGAGCAAGUACUCCAGGAGCUGAAACAGUCGUGGGAAGCCAAGUUAAUUGCCAGCAAAGCUGUUGAUAACAAAUCUGAUGUUGAGAAACAAAUUACGAAAAAAAGUAACCACUCGCAGAGUAAUACCUCAGCGGCAAAUGCGAACUCUGAAGUGGCAAAUGGCAAUGGCGUCUCCAAAAAUGCAACGCAAACACAAUCACAAGCUCAGCAGAUGAUGAAGCAAGUUGUGGGUCAGGUUGCGCCCAACAAUCACGUGCAAACUCCGCAGCAGAUAAACGCUGCCGCCGCAGCCGCAGCGGCUGCAGCACAGCAGCAACAAGCCGCGCAGCAUCAAGUCGUUGAGACGAAGAUGGUGCCCAUUCAAAUCACGCUGCCCCCACCGCCCGGUUCCAAUGUACCACCACGCACGCUCACGAUUCAAGUACCGGCACCGGCGCUCAACGAUAACCUGCUGCACAAAGUCCUCACCGGGCAGGUGAUCACAACCACGAUGAAUCUGCCUCCGUCAAUUGCCUCUUCCGUGCUGCAGCAGCAUGUCAACGCAGCGUUCAGUCAAUUGGCACCGGGCAUGAUGAGCGGCAUUGUCACACAGGCGCCGCCGGCGCAAACGAAGACUGUGAUACAGAAUGACGGCGCUGCCGACGAUAACUGCGAGUUUGAGAUUAAAGUGCUGAAGGGAGCGAAGGCAGCUAAAGCGAAGCUGAAGAAGGCGAAGCGGAUACGGAUAGAGUUCGUCCAGCAGUGUGAUGGACCUCAGGAUACUUCCGACGACGAUGACGAUGCGUCCGAUGAUGACGAGAUCUCCGACAACGAUGAUGAUGACAACGAGGUGGAUGAACAGGAGAUGGACGAUGGUGGACCUGAAGAGGAGCCGCUCAACUCCGAGGAUGAUGUCACCGACGAGGAUCCCACCGAUUUGUUUGAUACCGACAACGUUGUAGUAUGCCAGUAUGAUAAGAUAACUAGAAGUCGUAACAAAUGGAAAUUCCAUCUGAAAGAUGGCAUUAUGAACCUGAAGGGAGAAGACUACGUGUUCCAGAAGGCAAACGGCGACGCCGAGUGGUAGAGACGCGAAAACAAAACACUAAACUUAUUGCCAAAUACGCAGGGGGAACGACAAUGAUAAUGAGAAAAGUUGAGUGUGCGCGAUGACCCGACUGUAUCCAUAUGUAUAUCGUAGUCUUAAGUCUCCUUUAAGUUAUCCGAGAAUCUAGGCGACUAAGUGACUCAAGGAAGGCGCGUGCUGGCCACUUUUUCAUACUACGCAUCGUUUAUUAUUAAUUUAUUCUCUGACUGCGUUCGUUUUUCGUUUCGUUUAUUAAUCUUAUUUGCGUACCAUGUAUAUCUGCAUUAAUCUAUUUUAUCCGUUGAUUUGAUUCUAUUUUUUAAUUUCGAUUUGGAUUAUAUUGGCCGGAUGUGCACAUCCUCUUAUGUUUUCAUUUUGGACGGCGACAGGCAGCGGCGCUAUGCUGAUAAGUGAACGGCGACGUGAAGAAGGCGCACGAAUUGCAGGGCGUUCACAAAGCGUACUUGUAAAUGCAAAAUAAAAACCGACUCCUAGGUGUAACGGAAUAGACGAGAAACAAGAUUUGUAUACAAUUGUAACUAAUUAAUGUUUUUCUUUGAAAAACGAAAGAUUAUUAUUCUUGAAUGAUA